AUGAAUGACGAUGACGACGUGGAAGAGUUCAGCAAAAAGUAUGUGGUGGAAAAAAGGCUGGUUACACAGUACCUGGAACAUCUUCGCGAACUAGAAAGAAGGAAAAAAAAGAGGGAAGAUAGCAGAAAGCGCGCAAAUCUGGAAGAAAAGAGAAAAACCUUUGAAGAUUACAACUGGAAAGCUAUUUACAGGGUAGGAAAAAUAAAGAAACUGAAAGUUGUUGUAUUGGACAUGUAUAUAUCAAUGAGAAAUUUGAAGCAGUCGAAAGGCCGGGGCGUUAAAGCAAGAAAAAGUCGAUAUCGUAUCACUUGACAUAGCAAAGUCGCUAGUCCCUGAUAACCGUCAACUAUCUGAUGAUGACAGAGAUAGUAUUAACGACCAGGAUUCUGCUGACGACGAUGUUGCGUGCAGGAGAUUGGAAGUGAUGAGGAUGAUAUUGAUUCCGACGACGAUGAAGGACAAAUUUAUGAAGGUGAUGCGGGAGAAGAGGAGGAGGAGGAAGAAAACAUUUCCGACCUUUUGCAGACCAUAAGGUCUGGUAGAGUUUGCCGGACAUGGAAGGGACGAGCCAGUGCUAUAGACCAAUUUACAUAA